GCAUGGCAUUUCAUCCAGCGGCCAGUUUAUUGGGCGGGCUUCCCGUCUGACUGGCUAUUUUCCCUGCGAAAGAGAGGCUUUUGUCAUUGCUGACCCCGAUCACUGACCAGAUCAACUGGCCCGACCAUGAUAUGACCUCCCUUCUUUCCCCUCUCCCUUCCCUUCCCUUCCUUCCCGUCUUAAGCUAUGCUAUGGUUUGGUUUAAUACAUUGACGAUGACAUUUUAUGCGGCUUCACUAACACUCGCUCGCCUCUUUUCCACGCCAGAACCUGAUACCUACUUGUGUAAGUGUAAACGUCUCCAGUUGCUCCUUUGGGCCUCUCUCCCGUUCUUCCUUCUCGACAAGAACGCCUACCGGAGAUAUCAAGUUUAUGCAUCCUAAAACUGUUCUGAGUAUGUAUGUAGGUACCUAGGUAGGGAGGUAGAUACUUGGACUGCAUUACUGGGGCAUUGGUAUCCCGAUAAUUGCAAAAGGAUUGGCCCAACGAAU